AUGUCUGACCUCUUCGUUGAGCUGACAGCGCCCAAUGGUCGCAAGUACCAGCAGCCAAGAGGUCUUUUCAUCAACAAUGAAUUCGUCAAGUCCAAGUCAGGUGAAACCAUCACUUCCAUAAACCCGAGCGAUGAGAGCGAUAUUGUAUCUGUAUAUGCGGCUGGGCCCGAAGAUGUCGACGAUGCCGUGGCAGCUGCACGGAAAGCCUUCAAGAACCCAGACUGGCGAGACAUGGACACUAACGCGCGAGCUGACCUUCUCUACAAGUUUGCCCAGUUAAUCGAGGAACACAAGGAAACGCUAGCGACAAUUGAAACCUGGGACAACGGCAAGCCUUACUCCGUCUCACUGAAUGACGACUUGGGCGAAGUUGUCGGUACUAUCAAGUACUACGCAGGAUACGCCAACAAGAUUCACGGCACAGUCAUUGACACCUCACCUGCCAAGCUGGCGUACACAGUCCGUGAACCACUUGGUGUCUGUGGCCAGAUCAUCCCAUGGAACUUCCCUCUUGCAAUGGCGGCAUGGAAGCUGGGACCUGCUCUCUGCACCGGCAACACGGUGGUUUUGAAGGCCGCUGAACAAACACCCCUUUCUAUUCUGUAUCUUGGAAACUUGGUCAAGGAAGCAGGCUUCCCUCCUGGCGUUAUCAACUUCAUCAACGGUGAAGGAAGGAAGGCUGGUGCCGCUUUGGCCCAGCAUCUCGACGUCGACAAGAUUGCCUUUACUGGAUCCACCGCUACAGGGAAGGAGAUUAUGAAGAUGGCAGCUGUCAACAUGAAGAACAUCACACUUGAAACGGGUGGCAAAUCGCCACUAGUAGUGUUUGACGAUGCAGAUCUUGAUCAAGCAGUCAAAUGGAGUCACGUCGGUAUCAUGUACAACCAAGGCCAGGUUUGCACGGCAACUUCAAGAAUUCUUGUGCAAGAAGGCAUCUAUGAUAAAUUCGUCGAAGCUUUCAAGGAGCACGUCAAGACCACCUCUGUGGUUGGCGACCCCUUCAAAGACGACACAUUCCAGGGACCUCAGGUUACCAAGACGCAAUUCGACCGCGUUCUGUCAUACAUUGAGUCUGGCAAGUCAGAGGGGGCCACUCUUGUAGCCGGCGGAGAAGCGUACAAGAACGUUGGCGGCAAGGGCUUCUUCGUCUCGCCUACCAUCUUUACUAAUGUCAAGGACAACAUGAAGAUCUACCGCGAAGAAGUGUUUGGUCCGUUCGUCGUCAUCAGCUCGUUCAAGGAGGAAGACGAGGCGAUUGAGCGUGCUAACGACACGACAUAUGGUCUUGGCGCAGCAGUCUUCACUGAGAACAUCACCAAGGCUCAUCGUGUUGCUAGGCGGAUUGAAGCGGGUAUGGUCUGGAUCAACUCAAGCAACGAUUCUGACAUUCGCAUCCCAUUCGGAGGUGUAAAGCAGUCUGGUAUCGGCCGAGAGCUGGGAGAGGCUGGACUCGAGGCAUACACCAACAAGAAGGCCAUCCAUGUCAACCUAGGAAACAAGCUGUAG